AUGACAUCGGAGUACAAAAUUGAGCCUUUGGCUGAGCGCCAGGCAAAAUAUGCAAAUCUCUUUUUGCAAAUACGGAAAGUUCUUCCCAACCCAGGUAAACAGCUAUUGCUUGACCCCGUAAAAUUGGAGAGUGUGUACAGCAGGGACAAGUCCUAUCACAUACCAGUAACUCCUGCCGCGGCUGUGCUUCCAGCAACAGUAGAACAAGUUGCAGCUGUGGUGAAACUAUGUGCGGCCCACAAAGUCCCAAUGACACCACGAGGUGCUGGUACAGGCAUUGAGGGCGGAGCCAUACCGUAUGCUGGUGGUGUGGUGAUUGAUACGUGCAACCUGCAGCGCAUGGACUUUGACGUACGUAAUGCGUUUGUGUGGGUUGGUGCUGGUGUGACGAAGUUACAAUUGGUGAAGGCUGCACGUAAGCUUGGCUUUACGUUUGGUCCUGAUCCGUCGUCGAAUCCAUGUGUUGGUGGGAUGGUGUCCACGUCCGGCAGUGGUAUGUCAACAUUGAAGUAUGGCACAACGCGUGAGAAUGUUCUUUCACUGCGUGUUGUAACCCCACAGGGUGAGGUGGUGGAGACACGUAAGGUGGUACGCAAGUCAUCCUCUGGGCUGGAGCUAACACAGUUGUACUGUGGUAGUGAAGGUACACUUGGCAUUGUGUGUGAAGUGGCCUUUAAGCUGUGGCCGCUGUUACUGCAGAGUGCAGGUGGGGUGGCAACAUUUGAGACAACUGAGGACGCUGUGAAUGCGGUGGUUGCGUUAAAGCUGAAGGGCAGUCCAUCUACUCUGCUUCGCUGUGAACUUCUUAACAAGGAUGGCGUGGAAGCCUCAAAUAAGUUCAGCAAACUUUCUUUACCAUUGAAGGCCACGGUGCUAUUGGAGUUCACGGACAAUGACCCUUCUCUACGCCAAAUUCGUGCGGACUUCAACACUGUGGCAAAGAUAUUUCGAACUGUUGGCAAAGCACUCUCUGUGCGGUUCCUGAAGUCUGGUGCUGAAAUGGAUUCUGUCUGGGAGGCACGCCGCGCUUGUUUGUUUGCUGCCAUGAUGUUGCGGGGAAAGCCAGAAAAGGUCCUCACAACGGAUGUUUGUGUACCGUUGACAGAAUUAACGGCCACCAUUCGUGAAACAGAGGAAGAUUUCACCGCCCAUAACGUAAAGUGUCUUAUUUGUGCACAUAUAAGUGAUGGAAAUUUCCACCUUAAUAUACCUUUUACGGGUGAGAAGGAAAAAAAGCUACUACGGGAACUGGAGGGCCGAAUGAUUCGGCGUGCUGUUGCGAGAGGAGGAACAGUUUCGGGAGAGCACGGUGUGGGAGUGGGUAAGGUGCGACACCUGGUAUUGGAACAUGGUGAGUCGCACAUAUGCGUCCAGGAGACUAUCAAGGCCGCACUGGAUCCCGAUAAUCUGAUGAAUCCAGGCGUAUUUUACCCCAAACAACAGAGACUGUACCCCACUGCCCAUCUUUGA